AAUUUCAUUAUUUUUAUUUCCAACGUCUCUUACAAAUCUGAUCAUUCAGUGGUAGGGUACCUAAUGAAACCCGUCAUUUACGGCAAUCUCGUAUUGCUGCAGCAGUGAGAAGCGAAGAAGCCACGAAUUUGAGAGAAUGCAGGGGAGAGAUAGGGAUGGAGGAGAUUCAACAACAUUGAUGGGGUGCUGAAAUCACUUUGUUACCGCUGUCUCUAAUCCGGCUCCACACCCACUUCCCCUCUUCGAAGUCAGUAAAUUGUUCCUUUGUUAGCCAUCGACUUUAUUUCUCUAUCAUUCUCAGCAAACAAGCCGUAAAUGUUCCUUUUAUGGCCAUCUCGAUCACACUCGUCGUCAAUUGUCCGGGAUCCUACCUCCAUCGAUACAGUUUCCAAGUGCCGUGCGAUAGAGCGCGCAAUUUCGUGGUCGGACUACUGUGAUCUGCUAGGGUUUCCUGGGGUCAAUCGAUUUUUGGGGUCAGUGAGCGUUUGGUUGAAUCCUUGGGAGUAUCCUUUUAGUUACUGUCUUUUAUUUUCAGUGAGGAGGAAGUUGUGAUCUUGUAAGCUCUUGUUUCUGCGAUACCAUGUCAUCUUCUUCUCCUCCGUUACAGGCGGACCAGACGGACGACGAGUUCUUUAGUAAGCUCGUAGAUAGCGAUUAUGAAGCUGGCCAAUCUCACUCGAAUGAAGAAGACAUGGUUAGGGCCAUGUCGAAUUUUAGUCUUGGGGAGGUGGAGGAUUCUGGGUCUGCGUCUGAAGUGAAUGGCCAAAAGGAUAACCAAUGUUUGAGCUUUUCAGAGGCUACCAAGAAUGAUGCUUCCGUUGGAGGCCAAUCUGAAGGUUUGACCGAAGGGGCAGCUAUUGGUGCUGGGGCGAGUUUUAAGGAGAUACAGUGGAGUGCCUUCAAUUCCCAGCAGUUUGGACUGGGUGAUUUUGAAUCUGAUUUAUUUAUGGGGAGUGGUUUUGGUAGUUUUGUUAACUCAAAAGAAUUUUCUGACUCUGAAUCAACCUUAAUAGAAAACACAACCGAAAAUUUGAGCUCGCAUGUUGAUUCCUAUGAACAACAAUAUGCUCAAGUUUAUAGCUCUAUCAGUGAACAAAGUGCAGGUUUGACAGAAGUGAAGAACUGGGAAAAUAUUUACCCUGACAGGAAGUACGAGACAAUUACUCGGCUAUGUUACCAGCUAGAUGAUAAUAAUGCUACUGCACCUAGCCAAUCUGAUAAUUUCAUAACAACGAGUGCAAAUACCCAUGAGAGUAGUGAAGUUAAAAGUCAGAAUGCAUUUGGAGGGUCAGUAUCAGAGAGAUCAGAUAUUGUGAAUCUUCAGCAGACUAGUCAUACACUUUUAGAAACCAUAUCUGAAGAGAGCAGCGUCCUAAAGAGUGGGAAUCAGGUUUCUCAAGAUAACCAAGACUACCCUCCUAAUAUGGUGUUUGAUCCUCGAUAUCCAGAAUGGUAUUAUGACACAAUCACACAAAUGUGGUAUACUCUUGAGUCAUAUAAUCAUGCCCUUCAUGAUGCUUCAAAUUCAUCUCAAGUCCCUUUCAAUAACAAUGCGAAUGCUUUAGCUAAAAUUCAGGAUGCCUUUGAAGGAUCGAUAUCAGAGAUAUCAACUGUUGUGAAUCUUCCGAAAAGUAGUCACCCAGUUAUAGAAACCAUAUCUGAGGAGGGCUGUGUCUUAAACAGUCGGAAUCAAUUCCCCCCUAAUAUGGUGUUUGAUCCCCAAUAUCCUGAAUGGUAUUAUGACACAAUCACAAAAAAGUGGUAUACUAUUGAGUCAUAUAAUUAUGCCAUUCAUAAUGCUUCAAAUGUAAUUCAAGACCAACUUGCUACCAAUGUGAGUUUAGAUGAAGCUCAGCAUGCCUUUGAAGGAUCAUUGCUGGAGACCUCAGAUGCUGUGAAUGUUCAACAGACUAGUCAGCAAGCUUUAGAAACCAUUACUGAAGAGAGCAGUAUCUUUAACAGUAGUAAACAGGUUCUUCAAGAUAGCAUAUACUACCCUCCUAAUAUGGUGUUUGAUCCUCAAUACCCAGAAUGGUAUUAUGACAAAAACACACUAAUGUGGUACACUCUCGAGUCAUAUAAUCACUCCCUUCAGGAUGCUACAGAUGCAACUCAAGGCCUGCUGACUACCAAUGAGAACUCUUUAGCUGGGUUGAACAUAGACGAUUCCCACCUCUCAUAUGGCAGCCACGCUCAAUUUGGACAAUACACAAUGCUGGAGCGAAGUAGUCAAAAAAGUCAUUUGAAUGCAUCUGAAAGUUGCUUUGGAAAACAGAGCAUGUGGCAGGAGAAGAAUGGUCAGGAAGGUCAUCUGAAUACAUCUGGCGGUGGAUAUGGUCUUACAGGCUUGUGGCAGGAGCAAACUAUUAAAGAAAGUCAUUCUAAAGCAUCUGGUAGUUAUGAUAAGCAGAAAAUGUGGCAGCCAAAAUUUCUCACUAAAAAUGGAGAUGUAGCUACUUCUUUGAAUAAUCAGCUGAUGGGGAGCUUUUAUAGUUCACUGGAAUAUACUGGAAGCCAUUCAGAUAAGCAAUUAGAUCCUAUCCAUUUAGAACCCAUGGUGAAGCAUAAGAUUGGCAGAAGUAACAUGACUGUUGCUCAGGGAUAUGUUACUUCAGAAAGCAUGCACCAUGUUAAUCAACCUAACAUGGAACAGAGCCUUCAGGCAUAUUUAUCUAACAAUAACUAUGGCACUGAAAGCUCUAUGCACUAUACUAACCAAUCAUUUCAUGGUGCAAAUCCAUCUUAUUCACAGUUUUCAUAUAAUCAUAAUGAUGGGAGAUCAACAGCUGGACGGCCUCCACAUGCAUUAGUUACUUUUGUAUUUGGUGGAAGGCUUCUAGUCAUGAAAGAUGCCAGCUUUCCAAGUUCAAGUUUUGUUUCUGGAAGUCAGGGAACUGUAGGAGGUGUAGUGUCGAUUCAUAGCUUAGUGGAUGUUGUGAUGACAAAAGCAGACUUUUGGAACACUUCUGCUGGAUGCUUUGGUUACUUCCAUACUUUGUGCCAGGAAUCCUUUCCUGGGCCUCUUGUCGGUGGGAAUGCUGCUUCUAAAGAUAUAAAUAAAUGGAUAAAUGACAAGAUAUCGAGUAGUGAAUCUUCAAGCUCAUUUUUCCAAAAUGGUUUACUCUUAUGGUUGCUUCUUUCUUUACUGAAAAUAUUGUGUCAACAUUAUGGCAAACUUCGAUCUCCAUAUGGUGCCGAACCAUCACAUGAGGGAAGCAAUGGUCCGGAGUCUGCAGUCUCUAAGCUGUUUGCAUCUGUUAAAAGAAAAGAUACUUCUUUUGGAGGUGGUUAUUCCUUGCAUUGCAUGAAAAGUCCACUCCCUGAAGGAAAUAUAAGGGCUACUGCCAGUGAGGUGCAAAAUCUGUUGGUUUCUGGAAGAAGAAAAGAGGCACUCCAACGUGCACAAGAAGGUCGCUUGUGGGGUACUGCUGUUGUUCUUGCAGCACAGCUUGGUGAGCAGUUCUAUAUGGACACUGUAAAACAAAUGGCACUUCAGCAGUUCGUAUGUGGUUCACCAUUAAGAACAUUAUACCUACUUAUUGCUGGGCAACCUGCAGAUGUGUUUUCUUCAGAUAGCUUCUCCAGUGGCUCAUCCGUUACUGCUAGUGGACCAUACCAGUCUUUUGAGGUUAUUCCGAAUGGCUUGUUAGAUGAUUGGCAUGAAAAUAUAGCAAUAAUUGCCUCAAACAGAACAAAGGAUGAUGAGCUCGUCAUUAUUCACCUUGGAGAUUGUCUAUGGAAGGAGAGAGGAGAGGUAGCUGCUGCACACGCCUGCUACUUGCUUGCAGAAGUAAACUUCGAGCCAUACUCUGACAGUGCAAGGCUCUGUCUUAUUGGUGCAGAUCACUGGAAAAAUACUCGGACAUAUGCUUGUCCUGAUUCCAUUCAGGUAAAUCGUUCCCACCCAUUUUUGAGCGAGAACUGUUUACACCGCUCCAAAGUUUACUUGACCACCGCCAAUGGCCACCAUCUCCAUAGCUCGCCGCCGCCGCUCCUCGGCCGCCCCCGCCACCCUCGUCCCUUCUCUUCGCUACUCUCAGCUCGCCUCCAACCACUAGUCACUGCGCGCCGCCUAUCGCUGCCGUACAUCACCUCCGCCGACAGUUGCUAG